GCUUUCUUGUCUUGUAUGGAAUCUGUUCAGGUUACCAUAGAAAAACGAUUCGCUGCUGCUCUCAAAGACGAGAAAUUCUCAUCCAAAACUCGCGUUGACAAGCGGGGUAGACCCUUGAGGAAAAGAAUAGGUAGAUUAUUGUCUAAUAAGUUCGAAAAAUUACCAACGAAGAAAAGCAAUGCUGGUGAGCAGAUGAGCCAAAAUGGUAACACCUUUUUUGAUCUUGCUCGUGGUGAAGGUAAUAUAGCUUCGUCUUCUGAUGAUGAUGACUCAGAAUGGGAGUGGGAGAACAUGGAAAAUGAUCAACUAGAGAUUGAUCUGGCACACCUUGAUCAGGAUGCUGAACAAGUGGAAUGGGCGACUAAUCGGAUUGCUGCGUGUAACAUGGAUUGGAAUAUCGUGAAUUGCGAAGACUUAAUGGUGCUAGCGAAAUCAUUCGCGCCUCCUAGUGGUUCUAUUCGUCGAAUCACCAUUUACCUGUCUGAUUUUGGAUCUGAGCGACUCGCCGAAGAGGAUAAAUACGGUCCAAAGCUCAAACUCAACAGACCAAUUGAAGAAUAUGAUGGUGAAGAAAUAGACGAUGAAACAAGUUUGGCUAUAAGAAGAUAUCAAGUAGAGCAGUUGCGGUACUAUUAUGCUAUAAUCGAAUGUGACUCAGUGGAAACGGCAAUCGCCAUCUACGAUCAGUGCGAUGGCUACCACUUUGAAUCAAGCGAUCUCAAAAUGGAUCUCCGUUUUGUGCCAGAGGGCAUGGAAUUUGAUGAAAGAAUCAAAGAAGAAUUGUCUGAAGACGAUGUCAACAUCUCCAAAUAUAAGUCUAAGGAAAAGGUAGGCUUGUUCAGUACUAACGAAGACGAUUUCUCAGCUGAACUCAUUGCUUGUUCUGAUUCUGAUGAUGACUCUGACAAAGAGAAAAAUCGUGAGGCAUUACUCUCUCUUAUUAGCAGCAACGAAAUUAGCGAUGUUGAAACAGAAGGUGAAUUUUUCUUUCCUAAGCAGAUUUUUACGAACGAAAGUCCCCAGCGAAGCGUAAGAUCGCUCAUUCACCUUUUUGAAUUACAGAAGAAUCGUGUCGCUUUGAAAGCUUCGAAGGAAAAAGAGGACAAAUAUACUGGAUCAGUUGAAGCAGUGUCUAAUGAUGAACGAUUCAAGGCUUUGUUUACGGAUAGCGCUUUUGCAAUUGAGCAAAGUUCUAAGAACUACAAGGUAAAAUCUUCCGUACGUACCUUGAUGAUUUGGCAAGCUGAGAAAGAAUCUGUGAAUGAAAGUAAAACUAACGAGAAUGACCUUAUUUCCAAGCUGAAACAGAAGUCAACAAAGUGGAAAGGUCGGAGAUAA